ACGACAGCGGUUCCGUCUAACCGACUGACGGAGCGAGGCGGCGGCGGCGGCGGAUGCGCGGCCACGGUCACCAUGGAGGAGGAUGGCGGAGAGCAGAUGAGACCGCUCCUUACUGUGCGACACGAUGAUGAAGCUAUCGUGGAUUUGGGUAAAACAAGUACAAUUGUCAAUACAAACUUCGAGAAGGAAGAGCUAGAGAGUCACAGAGCUGUAUACAUUGGAGUCCAUGUUCCCUUUGGUAAACAAAGCCGAAGGCGUCACAGGCAUCGUGGACAUAAACAUCAUCAUAAGAAAAAGGGAAAAGAGAAAGAUUCAGAUAAAGAUGAUGGACGAGAAUCUCCCUCAUAUGAUACUCCAUCUCAACGUGUCCAGUUUAUCCUGGGGAUAGAAGAUGAUGAUGAGGAGCACAUGCCUCAUGAUCUUUUCACAGAGCUGGAUGAACUUUGCUUCCGUGAUGGAGAAGAUUGUGAGUGGAAAGAAACUGCUCGAUGGCUGAAAUUUGAGGAGGAUGUGGAAGAUGGAGGAGAGCGAUGGAGUAAACCAUAUGUAGCUACCCUCUCUUUACAUAGUCUGUUUGAGUUGAGAAGCUGCAUAUUAAAUGGAACAGUCAUGCUGGAUAUGAGAGCUAGCACCACGGAGGAAAUAGCAGAUAUGGUACUGGACAACAUGAUAGCAUCUGAACAGCUGGACGAGACUAUGCGAGACAAAGUGCGGGAAGCACUACUGAGAAAGCACCAUCAUCAGAGUGAGAAGAAAUUGAGCAAUCGCAUCCCCAUCGUUCGCUCCUUUGCAGAUAUAGGCAAGAAACAUUCUGACCCUCACUUGCUUGAACGAAAUGGGGACGGCCUUUCUGCCUCCCGCCUUUCUCUUCGUGCUGGUCUGUCUGCCUCACAUCUUUCAUUAAGAGGAGCUUCUCUGUUUUCCGUUCCAUUUGGCUCCUUUGCACAUGGUUCCAAGGGCGGAUCUGUAGCAGGCUCAACUCCUGUUCCCACCCCUCAAAAUACACCACCCAGCAGUCCAAAGCCCGAGCAUCGUUUUCAGGGUCAAAGCCAAUUGUUGGUGUCUUGUGCCGGUGAGGAUAUUCCUGAUGUGGUAGUUCAUCCCCCAGAAGAAGAAUUUGAGGUACAGAAAGGACACGUGAAAACACGUGAAGAAUGGGCUGAACACAAAGCAGGAAUUCUAGCAUCUCCUCAAUCUGCACCAGGUAUCUUGGAGACUAAAAGCAUUGAAAACAAAACAACUUGUAAUAGUGCAAGUAGAGAAAACAGCACAGUGGACUUCAGCAAGGUGGAUAUGAACUUCAUGAAAAAGAUUCCAGCAGGUGCUGAGGCUUCCAAUGUCUUAGUAGGAGAGGUGAACUUCCUUGAGAGACCCAUAAUAGCCUUUGUUCGUCUGUCUCCUGCUAUUCUUCUGACAGGGCUCACAGAAGUUCCUAUUCCAACCAGAUUUUUGUUUCUUAUGUUGGGGCCAUCUGGCAAAGCGCAGCAAUAUCAUGAAAUUGGUAGAUCAAUAGCUACCUUAAUGACAGAUGAGAUUUUUCACGAUGUUGCCUACAAAGCAAAGGAUCGUACGGACCUGUUGGCAGGAAUAGAUGAAUUUUUAGAUCAAGUUACUGUACUCCCACCGGGUGAGUGGGAUCCUUCAAUACGAAUUGAACCACCAAAAAGUGUUCCUUCUCAGGAAAAGCGAAAGUGCCCUCCUCUUCCAAAUGGUCCAGCAAUUACCAAUGGUGCCACGAAUCACGAAGAACAUCACACUGGGCCAGAACUUAAGCGUACUGGAAGGAUCUUUGGUGGUUUAAUCCAUGAUAUUAAAAGGAAGUCGCUGUUCUACCUGAGUGACUUCAAGGAUGCAAUUAGUCUACAGUGCCUAGCUUCCAUUCUAUUUCUUUAUUGUGCUUGUAUGUCUCCUGUCAUCACUUUUGGAGGACUACUUGGAGAAGCAACAGAAAAUAGAAUAAGUGCCAUGGAAUCUCUCUUUGGAGCUUCAAUGACUGGAAUUGUUUACUCCUUGUUUGCUGGACAGCCGCUUACCAUUUUGGGAAGUACAGGACCUGUGUUGGUUUUUGAAAAAAUAUUAUUCCAAUUCUGCAAGAAAUAUGAGCUUUCAUAUCUCUCGCUCCGUGCCAGCAUCGGACUAUGGACUGCAUUUCUAUGUAUAGCAUUGGUUGCCACUGAUUCGAGUAGCCUAGUUUGCUACAUAACUCGCUUCACAGAAGAGGCUUUUGCUGCUCUUAUUUGCAUGAUAUUCAUUUAUGAAGCAUUGGAGAAACUCUUUGACUUGGGAGAGAAAUACCCAUAUAACAUGAAGUCUAAUCUGGAGGCACUUACUCAUUACUCGUGUGGCUGUGCUGAACCAUCUAAUCCUACCAAUAAAACGCUAGAAAUGUGGACCCAAAAGAAUGUUUCUGCAGAUAACAUUUCAUGGAGGAAUCUCACAGUUUCCGAAUGCCAUGCAUAUGAUGGGAUGUUUGUUGGUUCAGCCUGCGGUCAACAUGGGCCCUACGUUCCUGAUGUUCUCUUCUGGUCAAUCAUUUUAUUCUUUUCAACAUUUUUUCUUUGUUCCUACCUGAAACAAUUCAAAACUAAACGUUAUUUCCCAACAAAGGUGAGAGCCAUCAUCAGUGAUUUUGCUGUGUUUCUUACCAUUCUUACUAUGGCAUUGAUUGAUUUUCUUGUUGGCGUACCUUCACCAAAACUUGCAGUACCAGACCGGUUUGAGCCUACCCGAAAAGACCGAGGUUGGUUUAUUGAUCCACUUGGAAGGAACCAAUGGUGGACAAUGCUUGCUGCUUUUGUACCAGCUUUACUGUGCACUAUCCUUAUCUUCAUGGACCAGCAGAUCACUGCAGUUAUUGUCAAUAGAAAAGAGCACAAGCUGAAGAAAGGUUGUGGUUAUCAUCUUGAUUUGUUGAUGGUAGCUAUUAUGCUGGGAGUAUGCUCAAUUAUGGGACUUCCUUGGUUUGUGGCUGCCACUGUCCUCUCUAUCAGCCAUGUCAACAGCUUAAAGGUGGAAUCGGAGUGUUCAGCUCCUGGUGAACAACCUAAAUUCCUCGGUAUCCGAGAGCAGAGAGUUACAGGUUUACUGAUAUUCGUUCUAAUGGGACUGUCUGUCUUCAUGACUUCUGUUCUGAAGUUCAUCCCAAUGCCAGUUCUCUAUGGUGUAUUUCUUUAUAUGGGUGCUUCUUCCUUGAAAGGAAUUCAGUUGUUUGACCGUUUACAAUUAUUUGGGAUGCCUGCUAAACACCAGCCUGACCUGAUUUAUCUACGCUAUGUACCACUUUGGAAAGUCCACAUCUUCACUGUAAUUCAGCUUACCUGUCUUGCCCUUCUUUGGAUCAUUAAAACUUCAUCUGCGGCAGUUGUCUUUCCCAUGAUGGUUCUUGCUCUGGUAUUUAUUCGAAAACUGUUAGACUUCUUCUUUAACAAACGAGAGCUUGGCUGGUUAGAUGACUUAAUGCCUGAAAGUAAGAAGAAGAAAUUGGAAGAUUUGCAGAAAAAGAAAAAAGAAACUGAGAAAGCGCAAAGAAUGCUUGAAGUUGCAGAAAGUGGGACGGUGCAGCUCCCGUUAGAAGGUGGCAACAUUCUGAAGAUACCUGUGAAAAGUAUUAAGUACAGCCCAGAUGAUCCUUCGGUCGUAAACAUAUCUGAUGAAAUGGCCAAAUCUGCUGUGUGGAAGGCUCUUGCUAUGAAUGCUCAGAAUGCAAAAGUUGUAAAACUUAAAGCGAGUCCUGAAAAUACAGUGGAUAUAAGAAUGAAUAUUGAAGAGGUGCCAAGGAAAAAUGUCCUCGAUGCUGAAACCUCUGUAUGAUCUUGAAAGCUCCACAACAUCAUCAUCCAAGAAGGACUUUUUGUGAAAGUGAUUACUUGUGCCGUAAGCAAAACCCUGGACCCUUUGCAGGAAAUAGGAAUGUUUGGCUUGCUCUGUUUGGUUUCUCAGUCAGUAUGAAACUCUUCUGAAGAAGACAUCUUCACAUUUAUACAAUCCAGUUAUAUUGAUUUCAAUGCCAGUCAUUAUUUUAACCUUCAUAUCCAAGGCUCAAUGAUUUUUAAUUCAUGAUUUUGGCAUAAUACGAAACAAGCAAUAGUCUAGCAAACAAGUUUAUUUUUUGUUUUAGUUCUGCUUCUCAACAUUUAAUUUGCUUUGCACUAAUACUAUCAAAAGAUAAUAUUCUAUUUUUAAAAUGGAAAGGAGUAAUAAUGAAAUGUAUAUUCUAUAUAUAUAAAAACCCGUAAUCUUGCUCCUUGACAUUCAUGAUAAUUAAUUUGAGAUAAGUAAUAUUUACAUUCGGACUUUGAACCAAACCUAUGUAACUUUAUCUCAUCAUUUGUUGGUGGUCUUUGAGAAUUUUGUUUGGUAACUGUGAAUUAGUAUGCAGUAACAAGUGUUGCAAUAGGAUUGAUCGAAAAGAUAUUUCAAUUGGUAAUUUGCACACAGGGGUGUGUGACUCAACUACAUUGAUGCGAUACCGGUUUUCAAACUAGCCUGUUGCUUUGUUUAUUUACAAAAUUGUUUAUCAGUAUUGCAAUACUGAUCUAACCACAUCUGAACUGUUUACAUUUUACUUUUCAACAUAUAUUGUAGGUUAUAAUUUACAAUGCAACUUGUUAAAUGUUUUAUUUAUUUAUAUUUAGAUUGCCAAAUUUAUUCAGAAAUUGUCAGGUUACAUGGUAUAGAAAAGAUAUUUGGCUAAUUUUAUAAAGAUUUUUGUAGUUUUUAUGUCUUUGUACUUUGGAUAUGUAAACUUCUUUCUAUGAGCAGUUCUGUAGUUAGUGUUAGAAUAGUAACUCUAGACCAUCUCAGGAAAUUGUUAUCUUCCCAGUGUUCUAUGUCACCAUGCUUUUACACAAUUUGUGAAAUUCUUCCAGAUUAAGUAUUUUUAAAGAAAAUAACCACCCAUGUUACUUUAAAGUAGGAGCAAGUUGGUUUAUCUGUCGUGUGACAUACAAUGCCAGUGCAAGAGAAACUUGCCUUUAAUCAUUGCAAGAUAAUUUGCAGAUAGUCAAGACAAAAAAAGGUAAUGUUGUGAAAUAUUUGGUUUGUGUCAUAAUAUUCAUUAUAUAGUUGGACGUGUGACAAGUUCUGCAGAUAAAUUCAGCAGCAAACCCAUUUUCUGUUCCUGUUAUAUUGUGUAUAGAUUCUAAUCAGUGUAAUUGAAUAAUUAAGUUUGCAUAAUGGGAUCUAAAUUAUAGAAAGUUAUUUUGAGUGUCAGUGGUGAACUGAAGGAGUUUUUCUAUUUAAUUUCAUACGUUACUUUUAAAAAAGAUGAGUAUUGUGUUGAUACUGUUGACCUUAAGAUGCUAAAUACAGUAUGAGAUUUUAACAAGUUGAGCAACGUGUCUGGUAAAGACAAUUUAAUCCUUUUUUUAAAAUUUGCAGUUGAUGGUAAUUUUAUGUCUUCCUGUGUUCUGCAUAUUUAAUCACAGAACAAAAUCACUUAGUAUUCAUCAAUUUUCAUAAAAUUGUCUAAUUUGAGAUAAUUAUGAUUACGGUUUUUAUUACUCUUUGAAAGUAUGGUUGUGACCAUUAUUUUUGUAACAAUACCCAAAGCAAUGUAAAAAUGUUAAAGUAAUCCAUUGUCUUAGUUUAAAUGAUUAUUUUUUUUGUGCACUUCCCUGAUUUUCUUUCUUAGUUGAGGAUAGCAUUCAGCUGUCGGCUAUUAAAUAUUAGAGGAAAUUAUUUUUUGUAAUGUCAUAUCUGUUAAUAAAAGCAAUAACGAUUACUCUUAUUGCAUUAAAUAUGAAA